UUCAGCCAGAAAUUGCUGGAGUCAUGGCUGCAGCUUCUUCCGCCAAUAUGGCCAAACCAUUCGAAUGUGAACACAGCAAAGAUGAGAAUGCUGGGGAUUCACAGACUGCUGAAAAUAAUCAGGAGAGUGGGACACACACAGCUCAGAAUGAUAGACCGAGUUCAUGUGUAGACACUGGUGUCUCCUCUGACAAGGAGAAGAAUGGCAAGAGUGAGCAAGCUUCCAAGAAAUUUGUGGAUGCUCCGCCUCCUGUUACAAAUGCCUGGACAAAGAGAGGUGCAAGUUUAUCGUCCGAGAAAAACCAAGUGCAACCCAGUUCAGAACUGCAAGAAGGUAUUA